UCUUGUUUCAUGUAGGAGAUAAGCACUUCUAUACGGUCUUCCCAGGAGGUUUUUUUUUUUAGCCUCGACAAACUACUCCCUAUAAUUCAAUCAAGAUCGAAAACAUGCAUAGUUUCAGCUAGAGUUUUCCCUGUGAAGCUAUGGAGUUAAUUCUGCUGAAAGAUCCAAGGCUAAAGUAUAACCUUACAAGUGUUGUGAUUAAAUGCCAAGGGUGGUGGACCAAUACUCUUUAUGAUUUGAUACAAACCGAGCUAAACAAAGGUGCUAACAAAAGAAAGGGUAUACCUGUUGCAAUGGAAGAACCCUAUGGACCUGCUUCAUUAGACUUUUUAAAACAUGACAGUGUACAUAUGGUUGUCAGAGGAAAUGCGAUAACAUCAUUUCUGAGCAUUUUGGCCGAGAUUGAUUCGUCCAUCAACAGAAGUAAGUUUCCAUCAAGGAUACAACGUGUACAUGUCAUAAAGAGGGCACAAGAUGUUUGUUUGUUGCAUUCAAUCACGCAUCUGCUACUCAACCAAGCAAGCCGAAAGUUUCAUUUGAAAGUAAAGUUGUUUGUCAUGAAACACAACUAGAAAUGGGAAUUACGGAGCUGCUAAAUGAGUUUGUGAAAGUGAAAACCCUGAAAUUGGACAGUGUGAGCUCAAAAUAUUAUGCAGCAUAUGGACUUGAAAGUCCAGUUUGGAUUGCUGCUAUCGUGGAUGUUGUUCCAUCACUUUCCUUACUUUUCUAAUUUGUUUCAACCAUACUAUAAUUUCAUUCAGAAGAAAGUCCAAAGAAAAAUUCCCUCUUGGAUUGUGGAUUUACUUCUGAUAGCUGCUUUUGUCGUAGCUUUAUCUUGCAGCGCAUUGAUAGCAUUUGUGUUGAGAUGGAGAAGGUUGAAGAAAGGGAUUCCGCCGAUGUCGCAGAAGGAAAUAAGCCCCUUUGAUCUAUGCUUAGCUGAAAUUAAAAAUGAUCUUGAAGUUAUCUAAUUUGUUUCUUUCCUUGCAUUUCUAAAAAUAUUAUAUUGACUGAAAAAUUGACAUCUUGAGUAAAUUACAUUUGAGUUGAACAGAUAUAUUAGUCAAGUUCAAGAAUGAAUCGUGUGGAUCUAAUGUUGGAGGUUUGGUUUGUGGAACUGAGAGCAUGAAGGAAUCUGUGGCAGCCGCGUGUCAGCAGGAAUCUGAGUGUUUCAAGUUAGGUGUAAAGAGAACAGAACCAUGCUUCACUUUGCAUUCUCUCAACUUCACUCUUUAGUACUCUAAAAAUUGGCUUCAUUCUCAAGUUUUCAGAUUCCUAUAGUUAUGUAGUUCAAUAAGCUUUCUGAGUAUCUCACUUGUAGAAUCAUAUAUAUUUUACAUGUAGUCAUCAGUCAUCACUAACCAGAGCACCCUUUUUCAAAAAAGUAGUUGUGAUAUCUCACAUCUCACAAAUUUUCUGUA